AAGUAGUUGCCCAUUUAAGGGCCUCCCACGUCGCUCCGCCAUGUUCGGAGGCCCGCCCCCUCCUGGGGGCUCCCUCGCCGCCCCCCUCCAACGGCCGCCUGGGCCUUGAGGCACUGCCACGGGGACGCGCUCCAGUUGCCCCCGGCUCCGCCACUCCCGCCGCGUGGGCCGCGGGGCCGCCUUCCAGCAAAGAUGCUGAGCUUUUUCCGUCGAACCCUUGGACGCCGGUCCAUGCGUAAGCAUGCAGAGAGGGAACGGCUAAGAGAGGCCCAAAGAGCUGCUACCCACAUCCCUGCAGCUGGGGAUGCCAAAUCCAUCAUUACAUGCCGCGUAGCACUGCUGGAUGGAACAGAUGUCAGUGUGGACUUACCGAAAAAAGCCAAAGGCCAACUACUAUUUGAACAGAUCAUGUAUCACCUGGACCUUAUAGAAAGCGACUACUUUGGGUUAAGAUUUAUGGAUUCAGCACAAGUGGCGCAUUGGUUGGACAACACAAAAAGCAUUAAAAAGCAAGUUAAAAUUGGCCCACCGUAUUGUCUGCAUUUUCGUGUAAAGUUUUACUCAUCAGAGCCAAACAAUCUACGUGAAGAGCUAACAAGGUAUUUAUUUGUUCUGCAGCUGAAACUGGAUAUUCUUACUGGAAAAUUAGAAUGUCCUUUUGACACAGCCGUCCAAUUGGCAGCUUAUAACAUGCAAGCUGAACUUGGAGACUAUGAUCCUGCUGAACACGUCCCUGAACUGGUGUCUGAGUUCAGGUUUGUUCCCACGCAGACUGAAGAGAUGGAACUGGCCAUUUUUGAGAAGUGGAAGGAAUGCAGGGGGCAAACACCAGCACAGGCUGAAACUAACUACUUAAACAAAGCUAAGUGGCUGGAAAUGUAUGGUGUAGACAUGCAUAUAGUCAAGGCAAGAGAUGGCAAUGAUUACAGCCUGGGAUUAACACCUACAGGAGUUCUUGUCUUUGAAGGAGACACAAAGAUUGGUUUGUUUUUCUGGCCAAAGAUAACAAGGCUUGACUUCAAGAAAAACAAACUCACUCUAGUUGUUGUUGAGGAUGAUGAACAGGGAAAAGAGCAGGAGCACACUUUUGUCUUUAGACUGGAUCAUCCCAAAGCCUGCAAACACUUGUGGAAAUGUGCAGUGGAACAUCAUGCCUUCUUCCGGCUCCGAGGUCCUGUCCAAAAAAACUCCAGUCGGUCCGGCUUCAUUCGGUUAGGAUCCCGGUUCCGGUACAGUGGGAAAACAGAGUAUCAGACCACCAAGACCAACAAAGCCAGGAGAUCAGCAUCCUUUGAAAGAAGGCCCAGCAAGAGAUAUUCAAGACGAACACUGCAAAUGAAAGCACAUGCUGCUAAGCUUGAAGACACAAGUACUGCAAACAAUGUUGUGAUCAACCAAACUAAUGGAUCACAAAGCUGGAAUGCAAAGCCAAACUUACCUGUCCUAACAGCAGUUCCUUCUGCCCCAGUCUUAGUGGAAAUAGAAAACCUCCCGAGGAGCCCAGGAGCCAGCCAGCAAGACAAGAAGUGCAUACCUCUUGUUGAUUUGCUAGACAGCACGGAGUUGCCAGAGACUUGUGUUGAUGACGCUGUAGGCCGUCCAGUUGUUGGCCUGGCAACAGGAGAUUCAGAAGAGCCUCUUAGUUGCCCUCAUCCUGGCCCGAAGGAAACUGCUGUUGAAAAAGCAGACUCUGAUCCCUUUGAAGAGGCGUUUCUAAAACUGAAGGAGCUGGAGACAGAGCGGAGCAGCCCCGUGCCUACCGAGCGUCCCAAUGUAAACAUAAACAUACAGGAUGAAGUGGUAAAGUUGACAGAUAAAUGUCUUAACAAUACAAUUGAGAACCCAAUUGCAGCAGUGACGUGGCUUCCAGCAGAUAUCAAAAGCAAUAUCCUCAAGGCCCAGGCAGAAGCAGGGCACAAGGUCAUAAGAGAAGACAGUUUGGCAGGUGUCAAGAAUUCCAAUAUUCAGGAUGCUGCUGCCAGGAACAUUCUCCCUUCAGGCAAAACACAAAGUAACACUCCAGCCACCAGUCCAGUAUUUCAAGACUCAAGAGAGCUGCUUAAAGCAAUCCCUGCUUUGAACACCUUUGUUCCUAAUGUGCUAAACGAGGAUAACACUGUCUCUAACCCUGAGGACCUGCUGAUUCCAACUACUCUGGCUCCAGCUGAGGAGGCUGCCGUUUCAAAGAGCACUCCAGAUGACCAGGACGUUUCCUUAACAUCCUUGCCAGAGAAUCUAAUUGACUUUACAGAAGCCACACCUCGGGUGUCUUCUCAGCCCAUAAUAGCACCGAGGUGGUUAGUGCCAACCGGACUGAUUUCCAACGGACCUUUGGGAAAUGAUGUUGCCUUGGCUGUGAAGGCAGUGAAAGGCAGCACAGAGACUCUGUUGUCAUCAGCUGGAUUGCCACCAUCCCACCAGGCAUCUGAAGCCCUUGCAAGCCCAGUUAUUGAGGAUGCUACAAUAAGAGCAAAAUGUUUACUCACCACUGAACUCUAGAAGAAGGAAUUUUUGCACUUCUCACCUUGUAAAAACUCCAAUCUCCUAACACAUCUCCAAGGGAUCAUUCCAAAAGACUUGCUUGGGACCAAAGUCUUGAUGAAUGGGAGUCCAACAGCCAGCUGAUUUGCUAGGAUCCAGGAAGAGACUUCAGCAUUUACUGCAACCUAACUGGAAUUACAAUCUAAAGCAGGAUAUAAAACCACAUGCACAUUUGAUCUUCUCCCUCAGAAGUGAAAUGCCACAUUGGAGUUAGUUCUGAACAUGAGAAACAGAAUCUAGUUGUGUUCUGCUCACGCUAAGUUUAGUCCUACUCACCCUGUGCUGCCUCUCAGGUAUUAAUGGAAAGCAUUAACUGUUCUGUUAGCUGUGAUGUAGUGCGUGAGGAUGGUAUCCCUGACCUCUGUAGAUUAACAUUGGAAAGGUUAGGCGAAUUUGUAGGGCCACCUUGUGGCCAUGCUAUGUAUGGUGGCUCAUAGUAGUGAUGACUGCUUCAUAUGGCCGAGGACAUUUUCUUCUGUGUUGUUAUUCCUUGUGUUUUUCCUUUAUUUUACCGACACCUACUCUCCUUUUUGGCCUUAAACCUAUUAAUCAUCCUUGCACCUCUUGUUACAGUACCUGGAAAAAAUGAAAACAAGAUCUAGUCCAUCAGUGACAAACUGCACUGACUGGAUUUGAGCUGCUCACUGCAAGAAGGAAAAGGAAAAUCAGCCUGCCCAACAGCAUUAGCAGGCUACAGCAGAAGUCCCAUGUCUUGACACUGAUUAAUUAAUUUCCUGUAUGACUCAAACAGAUGCAUUCUGGGUUGGGGACAUGUGAGUUUUAACUGCUGAAGCAGUGACAGGGCGAGUACAGCUUACUUCAGGAACUGCUUUUGGGUAGUCUCAUCAUACAGGACUAGGAAGGGUAAGAAAUUUCUUGGUUCUAUUCAUUUUGGGUGUUGUUUCCAGGUGCUGUGGCAUGAGGGUAAAACUAGAUCACUUCUGAGCACCACCAAGUGUCGCCGUUCCACUGUUGCAAGUGUCAUCUAAUAGUUGUGUGUAGAACAAAGAAUAGAAAAAAUAAGUUGAAAACAGGAGGAAGAAAGAAGAUUAAAAGUUCCUGCAAGCAGUUGACUCCUUUGCAGAAGGAAGGUAGGAGCACUUGCAAGAGCUCCACAGAGAUGGGAAAGGCCUUUAGGUGCUCAGGUGAAUGAAGUACAGGGUGCAGUUUGAGUCCUGGUCAGCAGGAUUCUUAUGUGGACAUAUGGAGGCAAGCACAUGAGCCCUGGGGGGACAGCCUGUGAAAAAGGACAAAUGCAGAG